AUGGUAAGAAAACCAUUUGCUUCUGGUAGUGGUCGGAGGCCACGGCGCGGGGACUUGAUAGAGAUCUUCCGUGGCAGCUAUCGGCACUGGGCUGUGUACGUUGGUGAUGGCUCUGUGGUUCACUUGGUCGUGCCCAGUUUCAACAGCAUCACUGUCAUAACUCAGAGGGGGGUUGUGAGGGAGGAGAAUCUGAGGGCUGUGGUGGGAAAUGACCAGUGGCAAAUCAACAACAGCCUGGACUCCACCCAUAAUCCCCGCCCAGCUGACGUCAUUGUUACAGAGGCCAGGAGCUGGGUGGGUAGAGAGAUAACGUACCACAGCAUCAGGAGUAACUGUGAGCACUUUGCCACAGAGCGACGAUAUGGUGUGUCUGCGUCGCAGCAGGUGCCUCAAGGAGUGGAAAACUUUGCCAGAGCAUGGGAUACAGUUACUGAUACAGUUACUGAUACAGUUACUGAUACAGUUAAUAAUGCUGUUACUAAUGCUGCUACAGUUAUUCAUGCUGUUACUAAUCCUGCUACAGUUACUGCAGGCCUGGGACGACUUUGGUAGGCCUAAAGCAAACUUUGUGUGAGACGCUAAAACAUUCCUGUCAUUACCAUAAAAUCACACAGUUCUGAUCACUGAAUCCACACGCCUACGUUAGUGUCCACAAAGAGAUGGACAGAAGAAUCAUCAGGAAACCUCUGACUUUAUUUUAAAAUACAGUAAGUGGAAGAUAAAUGUGGUUCCUCUGUAACUGCUGCAAUGCCAGAGCUACGAUUAGAUUACUCCACAGUGCUUUUAAUCAUGAUGUGCUUCCUUACAUCACUUCAUCCACUGGCCCACAGUAUACAAAUACUGCAUCUUCACAGAGUUUAUUGUAAUUCUUACAUUUUAUCACAAACAAAUAAUAAAAAAUUUUU